CGUACCUUUGAACACUGACGUCACGUAAUGGAGGCAAGUGGGAAGUAGACUGAAUACUAUCCAGUAAGAAUUACAUUUGUGACUGUCUAGAAACAAAUUAGCAGCUGCAAUCAUGGCAUCAUAUGGUAGAGGAUCGUUUGAUGGGUUCUCUGGCUACCAAGGUGGAAGCUCGGGAGGCUACCAGGGAAGGGGAGCUGAUGGGGCCAGUGAUCACACCAGACUUGCACAGAGUGUUGGAAAUAAUAUUCAGAAAAUUACACAAAAUGUUGCACAGAUUCAGAGAUUUGUUGCCCAGAUCGGAACAAGAGAAGACUCUGAUGAUAUCAGGAACAGAGUGCAUCAGACAACCCAUUACACGAACCAGCUGGCCAAAGAGACCAACACUCAUCUGCAGGAACUGGCACAUCUACCUGCUCCGAGCAACCCAUCAGAACAGAGACAGUUUAAGAUGCAGAAGGAGCGUCUGACGGAAGAGUUCAGCAAUGCCCUGAAGAACUUCCAGACAGCCCAACGCACGGCGGCCGAGAAGGAGAAAGCCAGCAUGGCACGGGCACGAGCACAUUCCGGGACAGCGGCCAUGAAGUCUCCGUUUGAUGACUUCCCGUCGCCAACAGAGGAUCAGAGUAUGGCUCCUGGCUUCUCCCAAACCAAAGCUGUUCUGCAGAUGGAACAGGAUGUGGAUCUGGAUCUCCUGAGAGAGAGGGAGGAUGCCAUCAAGAAACUCGAGCAUGACAUCAUGGAUGUUAAUCAGAUCUUCAAAGACCUGGGCAUGUUGGUUCAUGAACAAGGAGAGGUUCUAGACAGCAUAGAAGCUAACAUAGAACAGACCCAGAUCCAUGUUGAGGAAGGGACACAACAGCUGGCUAAAGCUUCCACAUACCAGUCCAAAGCCCGAAGAAAAAAGUGCUGUAUUGCUGUUAUUGUUGUUGUGGUUUUAGUUGUCAUUGCUAUUAUCAUCGCCGUUGCUGUCCCCAAAAACUAACUGUUUUUUAAAUAUGUGAAUAGAAAAUCUAGACGGAAAACCUGUAUAAUUGUUAUCAUCAUCGCCAUAGUGAUAACAAUCCUGGCCCUCAUCAUCUGGGGUGCCAACAAUAACUGACGACAUCUAUCGGUCAGGCUGUCAACCACCAAAAAAUAGCCCCACCCACCUGAGGUGUUGUUUAAGCAGUUGCCAUGGUAACCUGUGGACAUGCAGUUACUCUACUGAGCACAGAUGACCUAGCUACCCACAUCUACCACAGCACCAUGUAGGCUUUGUGACCUUGGUGACCUCUCCUUGUGACCUUGGUGAUGUUCGCCUUGUUAAAGGACGAGACAUGCUGAAGUGACCUGAGAUCUGAUCUGGAGGUCAUCUGACAAUUAACUUUUUUUUGUUUCUACAAAUGGCAGUCGCUUUUGGUGUAUCUUCUGAAGCCAUUCCAAGACUCUUCAAUUUCAACAAAGGGUGCUGUUACCUUUCAUAUCAUAGAGGCUCAGUAAUUGUAAAUAGGUUUCAAAUUAACCACCUAAAAAUGUUCCUAUACAAUUUUGAAGAUUCAUUUUCGAUAAAAAUUAAGGACUGCUCUAGAAUGUGUGGAAUAAUGAAUUUAUACAAAUACUGUUUAGCAUCUUGAGAGGUUCUGCUUUUCAACACAAUGUCAUUACUAAGAGAUUUUUACAGUUGUCAAAUCGAUCUGGGAAUGUUUAUUGAUAAUUGUCAUCUGACCACUAAAUCAUCAGUAUUUCAGGGCAGGUCCUUCUUCCAGAAAGUAAAUCAGUACACAAACAUGUUAGAUCUUUCCAGAACAGAAUCAAUGUAAAUAUAGAGUAUUAUUGGAAAGAGUCUUGUCCCUCCAUCUCUGACAUUGCUGAAAAUGGUUACCCAGAUGUCCUCUCUUCUGCCCAGUAAGUACUGCUUGUCACCAUUGUAUGAAAAGUGCCCUGAUUACCAGUUAGAACUGGUCCCUGGCACCCUAUACUGGUCUUAGAGGUGACCAUAUGGAUGAACUGGUCAGAUUCUGUGAUAAUAGGGCUGUGGGGUAGCCUAGUGGUAAAGUGUUUGCUCGUCAUGCUGAAGGCCUGGGUUCAAUUUCCCACAUGGGUACAAUGUGUGAAGCCCAUUUCUGGUGUUCCCCGCCUUGAUAUUGCUGGAAAAUUGCUAAAAGCGGCUUAAAAACCAACUCACUCACUCACUGUGAUAAUAUUGAUAGUGUAUUAUCGUGACCCAUUGGCAUGGAUGCUUGUUCACAGUACUAAUCACUGGUCCAGAUUCCAUCAUCUACAGGCUGACAUAGUGUGGCAAGUAUAUUGCUGAGUGCUGUAUUAAAGAACAAAUGCUCUGGAUGGUGACAAAAUUGUUGGAUGGUCUGGCUCGGUGAGUUCAAUUCACCAUGAUCACAGCAUGGGGCAAUGCUUUAAUAACAAUCGUUUAUCUGUCCUAGACAUUAGUUGCAGUUUCUGUGCUUCCCUGACUGCAGCUUUAAACAACAAACAUGUUAUGACAGUAAUUUGCUUUCUGGAAGAAGAUCCUGUUCCUAAGUAGCCCUCACUGACUGAACUGGUUUCAGUAACCUUGUAAUGUAGUAAGAAACUGUUCUGUUGAGAAACAAUGGUACUCAGUUCAAUAAAUUUUAAAACUUUUUUCUGUUGAAUAUUUACAUACAGUUGUUUUUAAAGAGAAAUCAUAAUUAUAGAGGAUAUUUCUACCAAUACUGAAAGAUGACUUGCUUUAACUUGGAACAAAAUAUUUUAAAAUAUUUCCUCCAAAAUGUUCACCAGUAUGACAUAAUUGUCAGGAAGGUUUAAAUAGUGAAUAGAUCACAGUUUACCAGCUGUGAAUCUAUAGACAGUGUCUACCUGUGACUGAGUUUUGUAUGCAUAAACAUUGCAAAGUUAACAUGCUCUGUGAUAUAUCUGGAAUAAUGAUCAAAGCAACAGGAAACCCAUCUCAUUCACCUGAAGUUGACAUGAAAAUAUCUUUAUAUUUCACUCGAAGGUAAUUAUUCACAUAUUCAUCAAU